AUGCGGGAGGUUCUGGAACAGUUCUUCAUUUUUGUAGGGUUGCUGGUGUGCCUGGUCCACCUGGUGAAAUGUGUGAGAUUCUCCAAAUGUAUUUUCCUGCACUUCUGGAAAGUUUCGCCAAGGUCUUUCUUGAAGUCAAUGGGACAGUGGGCAGUGAUCACUGGAGCAGGAGAUGGGAUUGGGAAAGCAUAUUCAUUCGAGUUAGCAAGACAGGGACUCAAUGUCGUGCUUAUCAGCCGGACACCGGAAAAACUACAGGCCAUUGCUGCGGAGAUUGAGUGGACGAUAGGAAGUAGUGUGAAGAUUAUACAAGCAGAUUUUACCAAAGAUGACAUCUAUGAGUAUAUUAAAGAAAAACUUAAAGACUUAGAAAUUGGAAUUUUAGUCAACAAUGUCGGCAUGCUUCCAAACCUUCUCCCGCGUCAUUUCCUUAACACACCGGAUGACAUCCAGAGCCUCAUCCACUGUAACAUCACCUCGGUAGUGAAGAUGACGCAGCUGAUUCUGAAACACAUGGAAUCAAGGCAGAAAGGUCUCAUCUUGAACAUAUCUUCUGGGGUUGCCCUCUUUCCCUGGCCUCUGUACUCCACAUAUUCGGCUUCUAAGGCUUUUGUGUGCACAUUUUCCAAGGCACUGCAAGCAGAAUAUAAAGAGAAAGGAAUCAUUAUCCAGGUGCUCACCCCAUAUGCUGUUUCAACUCCAAUGACAAAGUAUCUAAAUACCAACAUGAUAACCAAGACUGCUGAUGAGUUUGUUAAAGAAUCACUGAAUUAUGUCACGAUUGGAGACGAAACCUGUGGCUGCCUCGCCCAUGAAAUCUUGGCAAGCAUUCUGAGCAUGAUCCCAUCAUGGGCCUUCUACAGCAGCGUGUUUCAGAAGAUGCUCCUGACUUGCUACAUGGACUACCUCAAGCAGAAUGCCAACAUCAGAUAG